AUGGCCGAACCGCAGUCGUCCUCGUCGUCCAUCACGGUCAAGGAAGCCGCCGUCAACUCGGGCGCAGACGUCGAGGCCCAACGACAGGGCCGCAACAACCCGCCACACUGGUUCUUGGUCCUCCACCCCGACGGCGUCACGGAUGCCGUCCUGAACUACAGGUAUCCCGGCGAGGGAACGGCCGAGUCGCCCUACGUCGUCGACUUUCUCCCCCAGGACGCGAGCAACCCGAUGCAGUUCUCGCGCGGCAAGAAAUGGGCCAUCACCCUGCUCCAGGCCGUAGCCACGCUUGCCGUAGCCUUCGUCAGCACGGCAUACACGGGUGGCAUCUCGGAGGUGAUCCGGUAUUUCCGGGUGGCCAACAUCGUGGCCAUCCUGGGCGUCUCGCUGUUCGUGCUCGGCUUCGCCGUCGGGCCGUUGCUAUGGGCACCCCUUAGCGAGUUCAAGGGAAGACAGAUUGUCUUCUUCUUCACGUACUUUGGUCUGGCCGCCUUCAGCGCUGGCGCGGCGGGUGCUCAGAACAUCCAGACCCUCAUCAUCCUGCGCUUCUUCGCCGGCGCAUUUGGCGCGUCGCCCCUGACGAACUCGGGCGGCGUGAUUGCCGAUAUGUUUAACGCCAGAGGGCGAAUGGAGCUGCACGUCACGACGCCGCGGUCGCAGCAGGUCAGGACGACGCUGAUCCGGCCGUGGGUGCUCCUCUUCCGGGAGCCCAUCGUCUUCCUGACGGCCAUCUACAUGGCCAUCGUCUACGGCACCCUCUACCUCCUCUUCGCCGCCUUCCCCAUCGUCUUCCAGAUCAACCGCGGCUGGAGCCCCGGCAUCGGCGGGCUGGCCUUCAUCGGCGUCGCCGUCGGCAUGCUGUUCGCCGUCGCCUACUCCAUGAUCGACAACAGGCGGUACGGCCGGGUGGCGGCGGCCAGCCCGGGCGGCAUGGCCCCGCCCGAGGCCCGCCUCCCGCCCGCCAUCGUCGGCUCCGUCCUGCUGCCCGUCGGGCUCUUCUGGUUCGCCUGGACCAACGGCGCCGGCGUGCACUGGGUGGUGCCCAUCGUCGCGUCCGGCUUCUUCGCCGCCGGGCUCGUCCUCGUCUUCCUCUCGCUGCUGUCCUACAUGAUCGACAGCUACACCGUCUUCGCCGCCUCCGUCCUGGCCGCCAACUCGGUCCUGCGCUCCCUCUUCGGCGCCGCCUUCCCCCUCUUCACCCCCUACAUGUACGACGACCUGGGCAUCCACUGGGCCAGCACCAUCCCCGCCUUCCUCGCCCUCGCCUGCAUGCCCUUCCCCUUCCUCUUCUACCGCUACGGCGCCAGGAUCCGCCGCAGCUGCAAGUACGCCGCCGAGGCCGCCGCCGUGCUGGAGAAGAUGCUGAAGCAGGCCGCCCAGGGCCAACAACAACAACAACAGCAGCAGCAGGGGGUACCUGCUGCUGCUGCUGGUGGUGGUGGUGGUGGUGCUUCUCGUGCGGGAUCAAGCGGGGAUGAGAGAUUGGCGGUCCUCAGCGAGGACGAGGGGACCGUGGUUGGCGAUGGAGAUGAAUCAAAAGAGAAGAAGAACUAG